CCAACCCUUUCAUUUCACAUAGAACUCCCCAACUCAAAGUCUCCACAUUAUAUUAUAGAGCAAUAAUAAUAAUAAUAAUAUGGGUAACAGCUUAAGGUGUUGUUUGGCUUGCAUUCUUCCGUGUGGAGCCCUAGACUUGAUCCGCAUAGUGCACUUGAACGGGUACGUGGAAGAAAUCACGCGUCCAAUCACGGCUGGGGAGGUUCUGAAGGCCAAUCCAAACCAUGUCUUGAGCAAACCUAGCUCCCAAGGCGUGGUUCGCCGGAUUCUGAUCCUCGCACCGGAGACCGAGCUCAAGAGAGGAGGCAUAUACUUCUUGAUCCCGGCGGCAUCGUUACCGGCGGAGAAAAAGAAAAGACACAUGAAACAUGUGAAACACGUGAGUGGUAACCACGGUGGUGAUGAUAGUAGUAAUAAGAAUGCCGUUAUCAAGAAGGUGUCUUCCAAGAAGAGCAACCAUGAUUUGUCAUCAUCACAACAACGUGAUAAUGGGGGCUUUGUAGUUUCUAAGGAGAAGAAAUGCUCAGGGCGGGAUCGCCGGAGUGGUCGCGGCGGAUUGUGGCAGCCUCGGUUGGAGAGCAUCUCAGAAGACUAGUUUUUUUCCGGUGGCCGGUGCCGGAAUUUGGCUUGCCGGUGGGGACUGGGAACCGAAGGUGGUUCAACACUUGAAAUUGUUAAAAUAUAACAUGACUUUUUCUCUCUCAAUGUAUGCGAGUAUCUAAAUUUGUGGAUAUAGAAGAGUUACUCUGCCUUCCAUGA